AUGUAAAGUUUUUCCAGUUAAACAUAACGUAAGAAUCUGAGUUUGUUUUUCAAAGAUCACUAAAAUUUUAGUUAUGAUUAUAUCAUAUUUUCCAAAAUGUGUGGCAGUUUUUGCCCUCCUUGCCCUGAGUGUUGGUGCACUGGACACUUUUAUUGCUGCAGUAUAUGAGCAUGCGGUGAUAUUACCAAACAGAACAGAAACACCUGUUUCAAAAGAAGAAGCUUUGCUCCUGAUGAACAAGAACAUAGAUGUUUUGGAGAAAGUAGUUAAGCUGGCAGCGAAGCAGGGUGCACAUAUCAUUGUGACCCCAGAAGAUGGAAUCUAUGGUUGGGUCUUCACCAGGGAGAGCAUUUACCCCUAUCUAGAGGAUAUACCAGACCCUGGAGUGAACUGGAUUCCAUGUAGAGACCCCUGGAGGUUCGGCAACACACCAGUGCAACAAAGACUCAGCUGCCUGGCCAAGGACAACUCUAUCUAUGUCGUGGCUAAUAUUGGGGACAAGAAGCCAUGCAAUGCCAGUGACUCUCAAUGUCCCCCUGAUGGCCGUUACCAAUACAACACUGAUGUGGUGUUUGAUUCUCAGGGAAAACUGGUGGCACGCUACCAUAAGUACAAUCUUUUUGCACCUGAAAUUCAGUUUGAUUUCCCCAAGGAUUCAGAACUUGUGACUUUUGACACUCCCUUUGGGAAGUUUGGCAUUUUUACUUGCUUUGACAUUUUUUCUCAUGACCCAGCUGUGGUGGUGGUGGACGAGUUUCAAGUUGACAGCAUUCUCUACCCCACAGCAUGGUACAACACGCUGCCCCUCCUCUCGGCUGUUCCCUUCCAUUCAGCAUGGGCCAAGUCCAUGGGAGUCAAUCUACUUGCUGCAAAUACCCACAACACCAGCAUGCACAUGACAGGGAGUGGAAUCUACGCCCCAGAAGCAGUCAAGGUGUACUACUAUGACAUGGAAACAGAGAGUGGUCAGCUGUUGCUCUCAGAACUGAAGUCUCAGCCCCGCCGUGAGCCCACCUACCCUGCAGCUGUUGACUGGCAUGCGUAUGCCAGCAGUGCCAAGCCAUUUUCCUCUGAACAGUCAGAUUUUCCGGGGAUGAUUUAUUUUGAUGAGUUUACCUUCACUGAGCUUAAGCGAAAUACAGGAAAUUACACAGUUUGCCAGAAAGAUCUGUGUUGUCACUUAACUUACAAGAUGUCUGAGAAGCGAACAGACGAGGUCUAUGCCCUAGGUACUUUUGAUGGACUGCACACAGUAGAAGGCCAAUAUUACUUACAGAUAUGCACAUUACUGAAGUGUCAAACCACUGACCUGGAAACGUGUGGAGAACCUGUGGGGUCAACUUUUACCAAGUUUGAAGACUUCUCCCUCAGUGGCACAUUCGGAACGCGUUAUGUUUUCCCACAGAUCAUUCUAAGUGGGAGUCAGCUUGCCCCUGAAAGACAUUAUGAGAUUUCAAGAGAUGGACACUUGAGGAGCCGAAGUGGAGCCCCUUUGCCUGUCUUAGUUAUGGCCCUGUAUGGAAGAGUGUUUGAGAAGGACCCUCCACGCUUAGGGCAGGGAUCUGGGAAAUUCCCGUGAUCUCCUUUAGCAGGGCCCCUUUAGGAUUAGCCUGGCUAAGAGAGGAAGAAAAAAAAGAGAUCCGUUAGUGUCUGUUUAGAAGAGAUGUCAUAAACUUACGGAAACAAAUAUAAUAAACUUAGGCAGAUUUGAAAAGCAA